GUGCUUAAUCGGUCUUUGAGCAGAUAAUUAAAAAAAAAAAAAAAAAAAAGUGCUCAACAAGUACCUGAUUGUAUUCCCGCUGUUUCCCAAAUCCACUCUGUCCACCAAUUUCAGGAGGACCGCAGAAUCUUUUCCAUCCAGGUAACUUGAAUCAUCAUACAGGGGCCUCAAUUCAAUCUGUGAAAUGUAAGGAUCUCCUGUUUCUUGCACCAAACAGAAAUCUGUGUACUGAUCAGUAGCUCUGAAGAUGCUUUCAACUUGUGAUUCUCCUGAAGAGUCCACCAAACCUAUUGGUGUUACACCAACCAAGACAUCAAAGGUAGGGGAUUCCGACCCUAGUACUGUGUUGCUGAAAGGGAAUGUGCCUCUUAUCAAAUAGUCGUGGUCCGGAGUUGUUGGCAAGCUGUAACAUCUCUUCUCAGCGUUACCAAUGUAGAAAUAUCUAACUUUAUCGUGGCCUGUUGUGUAGUUAUCGGGUGAUGCUCUGGCUAUGUUCUGGCAACCUGUUUCAUCUGGAUACCAUUGAUCAUCUGAUAUCCAAGUUAUUGAGGAGCUAUCUGUUUGCCCUUUUCCACCACAGCAUUUUAUGCUUAUGAAACCUGCAGGUCACAAGAUUCUCAUGUUUUAGUAAAUUCUGCUUUCCUUCCCUGAAUCAUUGUUGGAACAAAGAGGGGAGCAACUACAGGCAAGAAUUGUCCGUGAACUUGGAAUUUGGUCAGGGUAGUCCGAAAUCUCAUGACUACCUAGAAUUGUAUCUUCUGUCGUUAUAACUACUUCACUUCAGGGUUAUUUUCCAGGAAGGAAAAUUCCUGUGUUUAGUUCCUUGAUCCAUUGCGUGUUGAUGGAUAUAUUGAGUGUGUUUAUCUGAAUUCAGCUAGGGUUCAUGAGUUUGGCACUUGCAUACACCAAGUUCUCAGGCUCAAUAAAAGGUAACAAUUACUAUUGUGCAUUUACUACCGAAAUGGCUGAUUCUUUUAAUGCCAAGGUGGCAGUCAAAACAUAUUUUCAGCGUCCGGAAUAUCUGGUUGGAAUUAGAUCAAUACUCAUGAAUGAGCCUGAUCCAUGAUCCUGAUACUUUGCAACAAGAUCUCUUCUGGAAGAUCUUGUCAAUUGAUAAAUACAGUUGCUGGCGUAUGCAGUUUAAUGCUAACACAGACAUGUCUUGGUGUGUGGAGUUGAAAUACUUACCUUCUUGUUGUGCAGGAAUUGAUUGAACAAGUAAUAUGAGCAGGCAAAGAAUGGAAGAGUCAACACUUGUCAACCUCCAAUUAUGCCUUCCUCCCAUCCCCAUCAUCUUCUCAUCUUACAACGGGCUCGCCCCAUCCGGUCAUCAGAAGAUGAAAAGACCUGCUUCUCAGUUCAUCAAACUCUUGCUCAGAACCCAAAGAUUCCUCACUUCUGCAAAGCUCUUGUGCCUGAGCUUUUCCGGCUAGAAAUUGACCGAGCUGAAUCAAUAUUGAGAUACUCCCAAAGCAAAAACCAAUGAACUCACUAGCUGGCUAAGCAGUAGGACAUGGAAUAUAAGGGAAAUCCAAAAAAGAAGGGUCUGUUCAGAAGGAGCUAAUCACAGAGAGCAUCAGAUGACAAAAGGGAAUCAAAAGAAAUUGGUAAGUUUCCCUUUCCUUGGUGAGGCAGAUGAUGAUGAUCAAAAUAACAGGGUUUGACUUCAAAGCUAGAGGGUAGAAGGGGGAAAAAGGUGAUUAUUAGGGUGGGUGUGGGACUGAAUCAGAAUAAGUCCUAAGCUUAAAAUAUUGAUUUCUAACUUAUAAAUUUAAUUGGUUGUUGUUGUGGAGUGGCGUAAUAAGAACAUUGGUAUUUCUUAGUAUUAAAACCUUUGUUUUGGUGUAGAAUUAGGGUACAUUAUCAAUCGAACAAAGGGUUUUAAAUAAUUGGAAGGAACCUCUCCCUUCGUUUUUCGUCUCUCUUCUUGUCUCUUACCUGGUAUAGAACAUCAUCAUUCCAGCCCCGGGUUUGGUUUGAUGGUAUUUUGAUUGACCUCUUUUUACUGUUCUAACUGAUAUGGAAUCCUGAUAUGAACUGGAUGGUUUCAGGCACAGGGUGUCAACGCGCUGCUGACAAACUGGAACUCUGGAGUUUCCUCUCCAUUUUCCCAAGUCGUGAGAGAGUGUUGAAACUACUGCGGAUUUGGUCAAGAGAGAACUGGCGAGUGAGGAAAUGUCACCCACGCAAUGACUUUCAGGUAUCUGAACUCAUGGAUUCUGCUUGAACAUCAGUUUGGUUCCACGCGUAGGGAUCGCUAUGGCUUUGAACCAAGUUUGUACCAAUUAACAAUGGACGGAAUGAGCAUUUAUCUCACCGACAAUCAUUCUGACCACUUACUCCCAAACUCUUUUCUGGAUGAAAUUUGCUUUCUACAGAGUAAAAUGAUAGACGCAGGAGGUUGAGGGAUGGUUUGCCAAAAUAUAGUUAUUUUAAUGUAUAUUAUCGGAAAUGUGCAAUUUAGUUUGUAUUUAGAAGAAUAUUGUAGUCUAAAACUGUACAUGUGUGAUGGCACAUACACCUAACAAAAUGCUAAAAGUAUGCGCGUUUACACGUAUCUCAAAUGGAACAACUUACUAUUACGCUCAAAAUGGGAUGCUCAUGUUGAGAGGAACAACAAAAAGGUUCUGGUCAACAUGUGCGCGAAAGUACCAACUUUUCUUCUUCCUCUUGGUCAAGAAGCCAAUGAAGAUGCAUGAACAAUUUGGACAGAUCAUCGACCAUGGAGAGGAAGGUCAUCUCAAUGUCAUCCCAUUGGAUGGAGAAGAAGACGGACUUACAACUCAAUCUUCAGAAAGAGAAGAAGGUAGCAGUUUUGAAGAAUACGAACUAAUCCAAAUCUUCUUGGAUUUGCGGGAAGAUGUUGAAGACUUCAAGGUAUCACAUCACUUGAGGGAUUUCAUCACUUCCUACGUCUUCUUCAAUCUGCAUCCUCAAAAAAUCCACCUACCAGAGCAACCUCAACCACAGGAAACAUCCAAGAGGAAGAAUCGAGUAUGAUGAUUCCCUUCACCUCUUAGUCAAGGUUUAGAACAACCUUGGAACCCAUAAACCUUGAACAAGAGGAGAAAUCCUAUUACUUGCCACUGUGGGUGCCACGAUCGAUGCAGCAAGAGGAUAAAUCAAAUUAUACGUAGGAGGAAUCGUGCAUUGAGUAUAGUGAGAUAUAUUGAAGCCAAAUUUAUCAAUCAAGAGGUCACUGAUGAUGAUUUCGAGGAGAAAGAGAUGGAGCUAGAGAUAUACAUCAAUAAAAGGUCGGGAUUCUAUAUGAGGAUACCUUACGAGCAAGCUAUUAUCAUUGUGAUGAAGACCUAGUAUGGGGGAAUAGUUGAAAGAAGCUCAAUUCCAGAUUUGAGUUAGCGCAAAGGCGCUCCGAAUGCUCAUUACAAGUCCCAAGUCGUGGCUAGAGAAGAUUGAGGAAUUGGAGUGCAAAGUAUCAGAAGACUAUCAAGAGUUUAAUUCCCGAAGUGGAUUCAAUCGACAUCCCAUAGAGCCAUCUUUAACAAAUAUCGACAAAUGGGGUGUUGGGUGGACAUCCAAACUUGAUUGGUCAUCUGGUUAAGGAGCAUGUUCUUCGAGAGAUGAUGGGCAGCAUAAUUUUUUUUUUAUUUUGAAUUUUGUUUAUGAGAAGAAGCAUCAACUCUCUUCAUUAUCUGCUUUUUUCUUUUGCUUAUGUAGAAUGUCCCUAUAUAAUGAAUAAGAGUGAUUUGAGCUAAGCCAUCUAUGUAUAUCUCGAAUUGAACGUCAAAUGAGUUAAACGGUUCCAAAUAUCUGGCAUGACUUACUUAUCUUUUAGUCCAUUGAGGACAAUGUCCUAUUUAAAGUGUGGUGUGGAAUUGUGUUGUGAUGGUUUCCUUUGUAUGCUCUAUACAUGCUAUAUGUUUAGUUGUUGAAAUCGGAUAAUUUUAUCCAAUACUAGUAUUUAUGUGUUCUAUGUGAACUUUUCAAAAAUUACUAAAGAUGUUUUUCCAUCAUUGACUCGUUUAGUCUUCCUCUACAAGCAUGUUCACUACUCAUCUUACUUUGAAUCAAUGAACCUAGGGAUUUCACUUAGUCUAGGGAGGCUAGUGUAGUGUCUAUGAAUGAUGUGACAGUCAAAGGUUUUUGAAUGUCAUGCUAUUUGAUUCAUUGUAUAUUUCUAAUUAUGCGUUGAGUCUCACUUUUUAAAACUUUUUCCCAUAAGGUGAAUUGUAUCUUAUAUAAAAUGCUAAAACUACCUAUCAAGACAUGUUGGUAUAAUUUGAAAUAUGCUCAGUUUGUUCAAAAUAAAGUGUGGGGUAAGCCCAACAUGUGAGGCAUCUCAUCAUUGCAAAAAUAUAUAUAUAUAAUAAACAAAGAUACAUAAAUUGCUCUUGCUCAACUAAUAAGGGUCUAGUGCUAUAUAAAGUCCCUACGAAUAAAAAAUAAAAAAAUAGUGAUGAGAAAAACAAAUAAAAAUAUAAAAAAAUGAGUUUUUUGAAAGUAAAAAGUGAUUAAAAGGUAUGUCAAACGAUGGUAGAAGCAGCUCAAGUUCUAAAUCGUUUUUCAAAAGUUUCACCCUAUGUGUUUUGAGACUCAUGUGUGAUUGGGGGUUUAUGAUUGAGAUGGGUAUCGUGUUGUUUAUACAUGCUAACAUGGUCAGAGUCUUCUCUUGGCUAUUUUUGACAUUGCAAGUUCACUUAUGAUCCACUACCUAAGAUCGAUGGUUGAGUGUCACCUUUAGCGGCUAUAGAGUUAUAUGAUUAUGAGUAGUGUUUGCUUGGGGACAAGCAAAGUUCAAGUGUGUGGUAUUUUUUAUAACAGUCAAUUUAUAGUAUUUAUUACUCUCAUAUUUGAUACAUUUCCCCAUUUCUAUCAAGGUAUCUUUAGUAUAUUUUAACUAUUUUAUCUAUGUGCCUAAGAUAGACCUUGAGUGUGCUUUUGUACUAUUUUAAGCCUUUUUGUGUUGUUUUUGUGCAUUUUAAGGAUUUUAAUACACUCAAGGCGAGAUU